AUGACAACAACUCCGUCGACAACAUCAAUAGCCACCACAAUAUUGACACCGACGUCAACAAAAGCAGCAACAACAUGGGCAUCAACGUCAACAAGAGCAGCAACAACAUUGACACCGACAUCCACAAAAGUAGUAACAACAUCGACACUGACGUCAACAAAAGCAGCAAUAACAUCGACAGCGACGUCAACAAGAGCAGCAACAACAUCGACAGCGACGUCAACAAGAGCAGCAACAACAUUGACACCGACAUCCACAAAAGCAGCAACAACAUCGACACUGACGUCAACAAAAGCAGCAACAACAUCGACACCAUCAAUAACAGCGGCAACAUUGACAAAUGCCAUAACCACGACGACCUAUGUACCUAUCAGUAAGCAAUAA